ACCGCUUUGCCUGAACCCCCGAGGAGCGGGUUACUCGGGGAUCGGAGCAGAGGGCAAAGUCAUCUAACAGGCUGCUGUUUCACAAGGUCUGGGCACUGAGCUGCCCCUCCUUUCCUCCCUGAAGUUUGCAUGAAGUGCACGUUAGGCUGUAAUUAGGGGAUCUGGGAGGAGAACUUUCCUGGUGACGCUGCUUUGCUUUUCUUCUGCUCUUGGUGAGAAAGUGCCUCCUUCUUCCCAGGACCAGGACCUCUGCCAUCCAGCGCCACAAAGAGACAUUCUGCGCGGCGCAGGCACACACACACACUCACACAAGCACACACACUUACCCAGAGACAAACUUAAGGUGAGGGGAAAGAGCCCUAGCUUCACUUGAUCUCCAGGCUCCAACUUCAGCAGGACUUGAGAGCAUCUGAACUUCUGGAUUUUAGGACAAGUGAAGAAGAUUCUUUGGGCUACAAAGAUGAAGAGUCUCCUUCUUCUGGUGCUGAUUUCAAUCUGCUGGGCCGAUCAUCAUUCAGACAACUAUACUGUAGAUCAUGACAGAGUUAUUCACAUCCAAGAAAAUGGCCCCCAUCUACUUGUGGAAGCAGAACAAGCCAAGGUGUUCUCACACAGAGGUGGCAAUAUUACACUGCCAUGUAAAUUUUACCGAGACCCUACAGCACUUGGCUCAGGAACCCACAAAAUCCGAAUUAAGUGGACCAAGCUAACUUCAGAUUACCUCAAGGAAGUGGAUGUUUUUGUUUCCAUGGGAUACCACAAGAAAACCUAUGGGGGCUACCAGGGUAGAGUGUUUCUGAAAGGAGGCAGUGAUAAUGAUGCUUCUCUGGUGAUCACAGACCUUACUCUGGAGGAUUAUGGGAGAUACAAGUGUGAGGUGAUUGAAGGAUUAGAAGAUGAUACUGCUGUGGUAGCAUUAGAUUUACAAGGUGUGGUAUUUCCUUAUUUUCCACGACUGGGGCGCUACAAUCUCAAUUUUCACGAGGCACAGCAGGCUUGUCUGGAUCAGGAUGCUGUGAUCGCCUCCUUUGACCAGCUGUACGAUGCCUGGAGGGGUGGGCUGGACUGGUGCAAUGCUGGCUGGCUUAGUGAUGGGUCUGUACAGUAUCCCAUCACAAAACCCAGAGAACCCUGCGGAGGCCAGAACACAGUGCCCGGAGUCAGGAACUACGGGUUUUGGGACAAAGAUAAAAGCAGAUACGAUGUCUUCUGUUUUACAUCCAACUUCAAUGGCCGGUUUUACUACCUGAUCCACCCCACCAAGCUGACCUACGACGAAGCGGUGCAGGCCUGUCUCAAUGAUGGUGCUCAGAUCGCUAAAGUGGGCCAGAUAUUCGCUGCCUGGAAACUUCUGGGAUAUGACCGUUGCGAUGCAGGCUGGAUGGCGGACGGCAGUGUCCGCUACCCCAUCUCUAGGCCAAGAAGGCGCUGCAGUCCUAUUGAGGCUGCAGUGCGCUUCGUGGGUUUCCCAGAUAAAAAGCAUAAGCUGUAUGGUGUCUACUGCUUCAGAGCAUACAACUGAGCGUGCCCCUAGAGCACGUCAGUUUUAAAGUCAUUAAGAACAUGUGAAAGGUUUUUUUUUCAAUAUGAACUCAUGCAAGUUACCAAAACUGUGAUAACCCUUUUUUACUUACUGUAAAGUCAUUUUCAUAAAGACCAAUUCAUUAAUUUGUUUUUGUAAAGCUAUCAUUCAAUAUAUAUUAUAAAUUAAUAUAAUUUUAAGGGAAGCACUACAUAAGGAGGCUUUAGAGCCAAACUGUUUAGGCUACAUCAUCCCAAUGAAGUAUCCUUUCAUGAUCGGGGCAUGCAAUAGCUUAAGGAUUGCUAGGAUUAAAUUAAGGAAAGUAAAGCUACUCAGAGUAGCAGCUGCCACAAGCACAAAUUUUACACAUUUGUACAAUUUUGAAAUGCACUACAAUAAACAGAUUAGAGCAACAGAUUUGAAAUACAGGCUUCUUUACAUAAACUGAGAUUCUGAGAGGCUGCACAAAACUUAGUUUCACAAGGGAACAAUCUACACUUUUCUAAAAUAUUUCAAAGCUCCAAUAGACAGAAUUAUUUUACUCUUUAAAAUCCUGCCUUUUUGACCAAAAAAAAAAAUUCAUAUGGACUCCAAUGUAUAAUAACAAGCACAGUUAAAACCCCUUAAUAAUCCCAUUUAUAUGAAGUAUGAAACUAAAAUAAGCAAGUAAUAUUUAACCAAUGAGACUCCUACCUUCUUCUAAUUAAAAUUACACAUGCCUGAGAAGAAUUGUUUUAUCUUUUGAGUAGCUUUACUGAGUUAUAUUUAAAUUCUAAGGGCCGUUUGCUAAGCAGCAUUUAGCAUCUACUCAGGGCAGUUAUAUAGAUAAACUGCUGGACAGAAAAAUUGUAAAAUUUAGCAGCUUGAUUUUAUGUUAGCCUACGAAAUGUUAUUGUCCUAUAAAAAUAACUUUAAAAUAUUUAAUAUUUCUUUAUUUACAUGACACGACAAAAAUUUAAAUCAUAAAAGGAAUGAAUUACUAUACUUGUCUAACCAAGGAAUAAGAACCCAACUUUAAAAAUUCUUAUUAUUCCUAUUUGUAUAUAUACUAGAAAGCCCAAAUGGUGCCUGUGUUUGGGGGAAAAAGUCAACAAAGUAGUUUUAAACCUUUCUCCAUAUAGAAAAUGUGGUCAGUGAUGUCACUUUUCUUGCUGAUCAUCAUUAGGCUUAAAUGAAAUGCUGAAGCUGUCAUCAAAGAGUUUACACUAAAAUUUUCAGGGCUUUAAACGAAAGGGUAAGAACAGCUUCAGGAAAACUAUUUUCCCUGUUAGCAGCUCCAAUCUUAAAUAAAGCUCAGUUUUCCUAUAUUUUUAUGAUGGUUGAGACCCCACAGGGACCAAUAUUUGUAUUCAAAUUACAUUUCAUGGUUUCCCAUUGUUUCACAAUGAGUUCUAAUAAAUGGGAUUUAGUAUAAUAAUCCAAGUAUGACAUAGCUCGUAUGCUUUCAUGAAUGUUUUUAUGUAGAUUUUCCUCCCAUGAACGUGAGUAAAUAAAUCUGUUUCCUGAAUUGAUUGUGGUUGCAUUCAAAGCUCUGUAAUAAUUCUAAUAAAUUUACUCUAUAAAUGUAGAAUUAUGUGUGUGGAAGGUAUAGAACAAUUGGAAUUCCAUGAAAUCAUAACUAUAUGCAUACAUUAUCUAGGCAGAAUAUUAUAAAUAAAAGUAGAUCAUUUCUUCCACCAAAAGCAUAUCUGGAAGUUUUCAGAUGCUUUCAUAUUAAAAGAUGAGAAUGUAUGCAUGCACAUUUUUACAUUAGGUUGGAUAUGCAAAUUGUACAAAAAAUAUAAAUCCAAAGACAUUGUGAGGUUUAACUCAAACACUGCUAAUACAAAUAGAACUCAAACUUCUAAACUAAAAAUACCUGAAUGGUCUAGGAUAAGAUGAAUAUAUUAUUCAAAGAGGGACUAUCUCCAAAAUAGUGAUUCUAGUACCUCAAAUAUGGGGGUUAGCUCAUUGGAGGAAACCCAUACUUGAGUGAUUAUUACCCACAUUACAAGAAUCUUAUUGGAAUUGCGAGUGGACACAAAUUUCUAUUGAAGCAGAUAUAUAAUUUUCAGUUAUUGCUGCAGAACUCUACCUUUAUAAUAUUAAGCAUAGUAGCAUUUCUUAACUUUUGAAUACUUACUAGUACAGGAAUUGGUGCUGAUCAAAAUCUCUGGAGUGACUGUUAGCUGAUUAAAAUCUAUACUGACUGCACACCAUUUUUCCAUGCUUGUAAAAAAAAAAAAAAUAUAUAUAUAUAUAUAUAUAUAUAUGUCUUAAAAGAAUGAAUACUGCUGGGCAGAAUUUUUAUCUUCUUCUGACUUCCCCCAAAGGAUCAGAGUUCCCAUACCUUUUUGGACUCCUCCUUGAAUAAGAGUUUCUUUUUAAUGUUCUUAUUUUGCCAUUUUCCACCAAAUGUCUAUUGUCCUACUUAAUUCCUCAAGGUAUCUCACUGAGAAUGUCAGAAAAAGAAAGGUUAUCCUAACACAAUUCCUAACAGAAUGUCGGUACAACACUGGUUAAUUCAGAAAAUUGCUCCUCAGACUUGGGUACCAAGAGUAUCAGAGGGAUGAGAUGGGAGUCUGGGUUAGGAAAUCUUCUGAUCAUUUUGUCCAUAAUUAACACUUGGCCCAUUUAAGGAACAAAGUAUAUCUGCACAUUUCACUGACUCACCUACAUGGGAAAACCUAAACAAAAAGAAACGAUUCGUAUAAAAGACAGUAUAAGAAGAAAAACAAGUUAGUCAUGUUAACACUGGAAGCCAUCUUUUAAUGACUGCUGCCAUAUUUUAUCACAGUAAGUUCUAGUCAAAUAUGGUAUUUGUAAAUUUAAACUUUCUCUCAUAGAAAGGGGGCCGGUACCUGUUAAAGUUUUAUUUUAUGCAGUAAUAUAGUCACUUAUUAUUUUGGCAAUUAGAAGUAGUCUCAAAGGAGACUCCAAUUUGGUUGCUGGCAGCCAUACUGGGUUUCUUGAUUUCAAUGCUCCAAAGAACAUGGUGGUCUCAAGGAGUAGCUGACCACUAAAGAGGGAAGGAUGAAAAGGGAAUUACCCAUCCAUUCUCUGCACAGAAUGCAUCAAGAAUGAUCGAUGGAUAACUGACACAGUUGUGUUGAGAAGUUAACUGUAUCAUAGCUCACUACUGCCAGCACAGCAAUGAUGUACAACGAGAGAAAUGAAAAAUACAAAAGCCAUUAUGCCACCUGAUUAAAAGGAAGUCAGUAUUUCAAGGCAUUUAAUACCUACCGAGUACAAAUCUGAGAAGAACCAAUCUGUAUUACAAAAAAAAAAAAAAAAUGUUUUCAUUUUC